UUUACGUCAAUCCAACUGCAUGCCUUGCAGUCUGUCUAUCAGUUGAGUUACUCAGAGAUGGUUCGGCCAGUUGUUCUUGUGAAGGAAGGAUCGCUUUGCGGCACUGAGACGAAGACUAAGGAUGGAUUCCCCUUCAUUUCAUUCAAGGGCAUUCCUUACGCAGAGCCUCCCGUCGGCGAGCUGCGAUUUAAGGACCCUCAACCUAAGCAGCCAUGGAGUGGGGUGCGCGACGCUUUGGAAGAAGGUCCUCAGUGUGUGCAGAUCGAUGAGUUUUCUCGCAAAGUCGAGGGUGACGAAGACUGCCUUUACAUCAAUGUAGCGACCACGUCGUUGAAGGGGUCGAGACCGGUGAUGGUGUGGAUCCAUGGGGGAGCCUUUCUGUGGGGUAACGGAGGGUCUAGUAUUUACGGUCCAGACUAUUUGAUCAAAAAGGAUGUUGUCUACGUGAGCAUCAAUUACAGGCUUGGAAUCUUUGGUUUCCUCCAACUCGAUCACAAUGCGGCGACGGGAAAUAUGGGACUGAAGGAUCAAGUUCUUGGUCUCAAGUGGGUGAAGGAAAACAUCGCUCAAUUUGGCGGUGAUCCGAACAAUGUUACGAUUUUCGGAGAAAGCGCUGGUGGCGCGUGCAUACACUACCUGUUAUUAUCGCCACUCACUAAAGGUCUUUUCCACAAGGCAAUUUCUCAAAGUGGCGUAGCAUUAAACCCGUGGGCACGUGCCUUUAAGACCGCAGAAAUCGCUCAACGCGUUGCUGCCCAUUUUGGAAAGGAGACCACCGACCCGAACGAAAUUGUUAAAUUUCUUCGAACUGUUCCGGCUCACGAGCUCGGCGAUGCUCAGUUUAAGAUUUUGACUCCCGAGGAACAACUUGUUUUCGGUUUCCCAUUUGCACCCAGCGUUGACGACCAAAGCUCGGAACCAUUUCUACCACGACCUGCAAUUGAACUCGCUGCAGAAGCUCACGACGUACCCCUCCUGAUUGGAUAUAAUAGUCACGAGGGAGUAGUCCACCUUUUGGAAUCAACUGACGAUCACUUUUCCAAAGUCGAUCAACACUUCGAGACUUCAGUAUCCCGUGGACUAACCGGGCUGCCUCCAUCAAAGGUGUUGGACGCCGUAAGACAGGUGAGAAAAUUUUACCUGGGGGAUAGGCCAAUAAGCAAGGCUACGACCGACGAGUUCGUCCAAGCCAUGGGAGAUCUUCAGUUUGUUGUUGGUAUUCACGACGUGGUGAGCAUUCGAACCGCAGCCGAAUCUCCUACCUAUCUUUAUCGGUUCUCCCAUGACGCCGAGCUUACCUUCGGUUCACACACUUUCAACAUAAAAGUUAAAGGUGCUGGACACGCUGACGAACUCGUGUAUCUCUUUCACCCGCACCGACUCACCGUCAAUUUUCUUAGACCAGGUUCGGUCGAAGAGGCGGUUUCCAAAAGGUUUGUCAGAAUGUGGACGGACUUUGCGAAGACUGGGGAUCCAACUCCGCAACAGGAUGAUCUGAUCACAGUGAAAUGGAAACCAGUAACAAGCACAACUAAGAAUUAUCUAGAGAUUGGUGCUGAACUUUCUGCUGGUGUUAAUCCUGACGAGGAAAUGUGGCAGUUAUGGAAACGUGUCCGUGCCACUGUCAAGGACUAUUGCGCGUUGCACUGUUCAAAGCGUGCGACUCAUUAUCAGGUAAUUAUGGUACAAGUCCAUCAGAGAGAAGCGUCAGUUAUGUACCGCCCAACUGUUCUUGUCAAGCAAGGUUGGCUCCGGGGUGCUGAGGUCAAGAGCAAGGUUGGAGAGGCCUUCAUUUCUUUCAAGGGCGUUCCUUUCGCCGAGCCACCAGUCGGCGAUUUAAGAUUCAAGGACCCGCAACCGAAGCAGGCAUGGACUGGCGUGCGCGAAGCCUUAGAUGAAGGCCCUCAGUGUCCACAACUUGAAAUAUAUUCUCAAAAAAUUGAGGGGGAUGAGGACUGUCUUUACCUCGAUGUGGCCACAACGUCCUUGAAAGGAUCACGACCAGUAAUGGUUUGGAUUCAUGGCGGAGGUUUCAUGUGGGGUGACGCCGGGUCUAAGCUUUACGGCCCAGACUAUUUAGUGAAGCACAAUGUGGUUGUCGUCAAAAUUCAUUACCGACUUGGCAUUUUUGGCUUUCUCCAGCUCGAAGAUGAGGAGGCCGCCGGAAAUAUGGGACUAAAAGAUCAGGCCGCUGCCCUGAAAUGGGUGAAGGAAAAUAUCGCCCAAUUUGGUGGAGAUCCGAACAACGUGACAAUCUUUGGAGAAAGUGCUGGUGGUGUUUCCGUUCAUUACCAUCUUCUGUCACCGUUUAGUAAGGGCCUUUUUCAUAAGGCAAUCGUACAAAGUGGCGUGGCAAUUAAUCCAUGGUCAUGUACCACCAGUCCUGUCAAUUUGGCUCGACGCCUCGUCGCCCACCUCGGGAAGGAAACCACUGACUCGAAGGAAAUCGUUAAAUAUCUUCGUACUAUCGCAGCUCAUGAACUUGCCGGCGCUCUGCAAAAACUUGCCAGCCUUCCGGAUAAAACCGGAUCACUUAUUCCAUUUGGACCCAGCAUUGACAGCAAAAGCGCGGAUCCCUUUAUUCCACGUCAUCCUUGUGAACUGAUUUACGAAGCGCAAGAUGUGCCUGUCAUGUUUGGAUACAACAGCAUUGAGGGAGUUAUCCUCAUCCAGUCAUUCGCAAGUCGGGGAGAUUUGAGGAUGGAGCAAAUAUUCGAGGACCUAGUAUCCCGUAUUUUAUAUGAAUUUCCUACAUCAAAGAUGUCACAUGCCAGAGCAGAGAUCAAGGAUUAUUACUUUGGGGGUAAGGAGAUAUCCAAGGAUAACAUUGAUAGUUACGUUCAAUUUCUGGGUGACAUUUGCUUCGUCCUCGGUAUCCAUGAAGCAGCGAUAAUUCAAGCCAAGGCAAAGUCUCCAACAUAUUUUUAUCGUUUCUCUCACGACUCACCGGAGAAACUGAGCAAGCAUUUACUGCGUUUAGAAAUCGAUAUUAAAGGUGCUGGACACAUGGACGAGUUGGCGUACAUAUUCUGCCCCGAAGCGUUCCGUGACGUUCCUUUUAUCAAACCAGGUUCAGUUGAACAAAUCAUCUCCGAGAGAUUCCUCAGGUUGUGGACAGAUUUUGCAAAGACUGGAAAUCCGACGCCACAAAUUGACGAAUUAAUCACAGAAAACUGGAAACCAAUAUCAACGACCACCAAGAAUUACUUGAACAUCGACGCAGAGCUCACGCCUGGAGUUGAUCCUGACGAAAAACUGUGGCAGUUUUGGAAACGUAUCCGUACAACUGACACUACCAGAAAACUGCAGUGAUCUAAGGAGUCGAAAUGAAAUCCGCUGAUGAACAAGAGUAAAUGCGAGAUUGCUAAACCCUCAGGUUUCACAUAGCAUCUGUAUUCCCUUAUCCUGUAAUCUGUAUAAAUAAUUGUAAGACAAAGAAUUAA